AGAGAGAGAGAGAGAGAGAGAGAGAGAGAGAGAGAGAGAGAGAGAGAGAGAGAGAGGGUCGCAGUCUGAGAGAAAGGUACACAGAGAAGAGAGGACAGAAAGUAAGAGAAGCAGCGCAGUGAGCAUCUCCUCUCCACUCCCUCGGAUCUUAAAGCUUCACCUCCCUACAGAGAGAGAUUACAGCUUCUGUGAGGAGGCCUUUUUCUACUUUUUUGGAGGAGCUGAGAGAAACGCGAAUCCUGGAGGAGUUUUCCUUUACUUCCCCCCCAAAAAACCCAAGUCUUUCCAUCACUUCGAGAAGUUUUACAAAGUAAACUUAGCUCCAGGGCUCGGCUUCACUUUUUCCACGUGUGUCCAAGCUCCUGACAUAAAGGUUUUUGCUUUGCUGAAGUUUUAAGAUUUUUCACAUUUUAAAGUCCCUGACCCACACACGACACUCACCAUGAGAUCAGGACAGCCCCAAGCCGUGUGUGAGCAUUGUUUCACGUGCUUAAAUCAUUAAAACAAGUGAGUUUUAAUGAUUUGAUUUUUCCACUUUCCACGCUGAGGUGUGACUCUGCCCGGCAGCGCAGCUCACCUGGAGCAUCUUCCACCAGUCCACUCUUUGGUUUGCACUUUUACGCACAGAAACGCCACUUUGAGACUAUUUUCAGAUAGAGACUCGAUCUAUCUGACACAGAGAGCCGCACUCCACAGAGUUCAUUCAUUCUGAGAGCUCAACCAGCGUCUGGUUUGGAGUGCGUAAAGGAGCAUUUACGCAAAAAACUAACUUUUUAAAUCACCCCGGGAUUUCAGAUCUGGACAUUUUCUGUCACGAAACAACUUUAAAAGAAAUUCCAGCACAACUUUGUCCAGCUUUUUGAAAGUUUCCCAGACUCUCCAUCACCAUGCUGUUCGACACUUUCGACCUGGUCUCGGCUCUGGCCACGCUGGCCGCCUGCCUGGUGUCCAUGGCUCUGCUGCUCGCCGUGUCCCAGCAGCUGUGGCAGCUCAGAUGGACGGCGACGCGGGAUAAAAACUGCAAGCUGCCCAUGCCCAAAGGAUCCAUGGGCUUCCCUUUCAUCGGCGAGACCUGCCACUGGCUCCUGCAGGGAUCGGGUUUCCAUGCAUCACGGAGGCAGAAGUACGGCAACGUGUUCAAGACCCAUCUGCUGGGCCGGCCUCUGAUCCGGGUGACGGGGGCGGAGAACGUGCGCAAGGUGCUGAUGGGCGAGCACACGCUGGUGACGGUGGACUGGCCUCAGAGUACCGCCACGCUGCUGGGACCCAACUCACUGGCCAACAGCAUUGGGGACAUCCACCGCAAGAGGAGAAAGGUGUUUGCCAAAGUGUUCAGCCACGAGGCCUUGGAGUCCUACCUCCCGAAAAUCCAGCAGGUCAUCCAGGAGAGCCUUCGAGUAUGGAGCUCCAACCCCGAGCCCAUCAACGUCUACAGGGAGAGCCAGAGAUUGUCAUUCACCAUGGCGGUGAGGGUGCUGCUGGGAUUCAGGGUGUCGGAGGAGGAGAUGAGGCAUCUGUUCUCGACCUUCCAGGACUUUGUUGACAACCUGUUCAGCCUGCCCAUAGACCUGCCCUUCAGUGGAUACAGGAAGGGUAUCCGUGCUCGAGACACCCUGCAGAAAAGCAUAGAGAAGGCCAUCAGGGAGAAGCCGCUUUGUUCCCAGGGGAAGGAUUACAGCGACGCGCUUGACGUCCUGAUGGGGAGCGCCAAAGAAAACGGCACCGAGCUCACCAUGCAGGAACUGAAGGAGUCCACCAUCGAGCUGAUCUUUGCCGCCUUUGCCACCACAGCCAGCGCCAGCACCUCGCUAAUCAUGCAGCUCCUGCGCCACCCUACCGUCCUGGAGCGCCUGAGGGAGGAGCUGAGGGCCAGGGGUCUCCUCCACAAUGGCUGCCUUGUACCUGGAGAGCUGAGGCUGGACACCAUCGUGAGCCUCAAGUACCUGGACUGUGUCAUCAAGGAGGUGCUGAGACUCUAUACUCCGGUCUCAGGGGCCUACCGGACCGCCAUGCAGACCUUCGAACUGGACGGAGUCCAGAUUCCCAAAGGCUGGAGCGUCAUGUACAGCAUCCGGGAUACCCACGACACCGCGGCCGUCUUCAAGGACGUGGACGCCUUCGACCCAGACCGCUUCAGCCAGGAGCGAGGAGAAGACAAAGAGGGACGAUUCCACUACCUGCCGUUCGGCGGCGGCGUCCGGUCCUGCCUGGGCAAGCAGCUCGCCACCCUCUUCCUCCGCAUCCUCGCCAUCGAGCUGGCCAGCACCAGCCGCUUCGAGCUCGCGACCCGGCAGUUUCCACGGGUGAUCACGGUACCGGUGGUGCACCCUGUCGACGGGCUGAAGGUCAAGUUCUACGGCUUGGACUCCAACCAGAACGAGAUCAUGGCCAAGUCGGAAGAGCUGCUGGGAGCCACUGUUUGAAGGGCAGAGCGUUGACGAGUAAGGGCGGGGGGAGAGUGAUCGCAGACGUCUUUAAGGAGAAGAUUGAAGGAAGGAAUGAAAUAAGUUCUUAUUUUUUCUCCUCCGCCAAGUUGGAGGUUCCUUUUCAGACUGAGAGAAAAGUCUUUCUUGUUACGACUGAUGAUGAUCAGGACUUUCCUCAGAGAGAGAAACUGCCAAAAAACUUCUUAACUAUGCUCUAUUCUGUGUAUUUUUCUAAAGAAAUAUACAAACUAAAUGUAUGUACAAAAACAAAAAAAGCUAUGUAAUAUAAUUUGAAACAGAAAAGGUGGGUAGUGCACAAUGGGAGAAAGAAAAGUAUAGGGGUACUUUUGGGAAUAUGAAGUGUUGAAAGAGGAGAAGAUGGUUGGGGGAGGAAAGCGAUUUGGAUGACACAGGGUAUCUGACGAACGGAUAGGAUGUUUUAGCUUAAAUUAAACGCAGUGAACCAGUUUAAGAGCAGGGUAAAAUAGAUGGCUAUAUAGACUGAUAGUUGUAGAUGUCCUUUUGUCAAAUUUGACCCAGAGUUCUCCACGGCACCGCCUGGAUUCAACUCAUGCAAUCUGCUAAUCUCAAAAAGAACGACAGACGCUAAAGGAUAGAGAUGUAGUUCUGAUGGAGAAGACGUACUGGGUGCAUAUUUUAACGGGUCAAACACAUUACAUUCGUAAACGGGCAAUUUCUUUCCAGUCUUCCUUGUAUGCUUUUUUUUUUUUCUCCACAAAGCAGCCUGUACACUCACGGAUCCUCGUUGAUUUUAAAGAGUUCCUUUAAUGCUUCCAUUACAGCGGACUUUGCCUUCUGUCCGCAUAAACUAAAACAUAUCAGGGGUUUCCGGUGCAAGCAGAAUGAACUCACAAUUGGAAUCGCGUUCAAGUAAAUGAAUCAAUGAGUCGUGAGGGUCCAGGUCUGCUUCGAGACACAAACUACACUUUUAUGUUGCGUUGAGAUUGUACUCUUUGGGACUUUAUCUUGCAAACAAGUCGGUAAAGAAGUCGCCCUCAUGGAACCGAGAGUUACUGGAGGAGGAGAGACAGAGGGAUACGGAGGAAAACCUACAUACAUGCUGCUUGAGUGUUGCUUUGUCAUUCUGUGUCUGUGUUUAUGUGUGUGCUGUUUUUUUGUUUUCUCGUCUCCUCGGGUGCAGCCAUUUCGAGUUGUGUGGAGAAGGUUGACACGUUGUCUUGCUGCUCCUCCAAUCAACGCUAAGAAUGCAAAACAAAUUAAAAAGUCCACGGUUUAAGCAACUUUAUUAGCUAUAAAGAGAUUUAUUUGAUAUUGUUUGAGGUGAUUGCACAAUCAGGACUCUCAGAGCUUUUGCAUAUUUUUUGGAGAAGGAAGGGAGGAAGACUUUGUUCUCGUUUCCGAUACGUAGAGAAAAAGAAGCUUCCGCCACGGAACUCUGGGACUCGGACUUUCUAGAAUCAACCCGGAUGGAGUUCUAAGUUCCGAACGGAAGCUCGGAGAGAGAGAGAGAGAGAGAGAGAGAAGAGAGAGAGAAAGAGAGAGAGAGAGAGGGAGAUAAAGGACCAAUGAGGUUUCAGGGGGAGGGCAGGGUCACGCUCUCAUUGGACGAUUCCUGUUGUCCAAUAGCGCUCCAGAUGGAGACAUUGUUCACUCUUUCUACCAACCACACCACUGAUUUCUUCACGAUAAAAAAUAUAUAAAAAAUAAGAGUUUUUUUGCUGCUUUUCUUGUGUAUAUUUUAUAUUUGAGAGUUCUAGAUUGCAAUAGUUUGUAUCAAGUGCUUUUAAAAAAAAUCAUUACCCAAUAAUGAUGGAAUAUUUGUGAAAGCAAAGGAGCAUUAAUAGACUAUAGUGUAUAUUAAUUUGUACAAUAUUCCUUCCUUUAGCAAGCCAUGUGGAAAAUCAGCUAUUUACGUCUACUAAUAACCCUAAUAUUAAUGUUAUUGUACGAUUAAUAUUGUUGUUAUAAGAUAUUUGAAAUGCUAUUUUUUAUUCUAUUACAGAUCUAGAGUUUUUAGCCUAAAUGAGGAGGUAAAUAUUGGAUGUAUUUAGAAUGUUAUGUAUUUCAGUUAUAUUGUAAACAGUGUUUAAAAUGUUAAUAUUGUUGAUUUGAUAAGUGUAAUAAUUAUUAUUAUUUGUUUUGUUAUUCAGACUUAUUAUCACUGCAUUUUAUUUGAUAUUAAUUAUGGGAAACAGAAAGCACUUGCGAGGUAUGUCUAUUUUUUAAGUGCCCUGCGACUACACCUCCCCUUCCUCUCACCUCUCUGUCUUAUGUCAUUCUGUACAUAUGUAUUUCUUUUUACAGGAAAAAUGUUCAUUUAGUUUAAAUAUGAAUGUCUUCUACUUUCUUCCUUUCCUUUUUUUUGUUACCGUGAUUGUUAAAUGUACUCCUGUAAUAAACUAUAAAGUAAAGAUA